AUGUCUCUUCUGAAGCCAUCCGCCUUUACUAUAACCGUGGUAUCGGUCGUAUUGCGUGCGGGAUUUCUGCUGUUCGGACUCUACCAAGAUUCGCACAUGGAAGUUCCAUACACAGACAUAGAUUAUUAUGUUUUUACGGAUGCGGCUCGUUUUGUCGCCAAAGGGGGCUCUCCUUAUUUACGAGAGACAUACAGAUACACGCCAUUGCUUAGUUGGUUCCUUGUUCCAACUGCUUGGGAGCCACAAGAGGUGUGGUUUCACUUUGGAAAGAUUUUGUUCAUCCUUUGCGAUUUGGUCACGGGUAUUUUGUCGUUGAAAAUUUUACAAAAGCUACACCGAGAUACGCGAUGGAGUCUCCUUUGGCUUCUUAACCCAAUGGUGAUCACCAUCAGCACACGGGGGAGCUCUGAGAGCCUUCUUACCGUGAUGGUUAUGGCAUCUCUUUACUACAUCAUCGAAAAACGAUACAUCGCUUCAGGAUUAUGGCUGGGACUCGCAAUCCACCUCAAAAUAUACCCCUUUCUCUAUAUCCCGGCCAUGGUGUUGUUCAUUGACCCGGCCUGCUCAAUAUGGCGGCCGAUAACACGUCAAAGACUGAAAUUCUGCGCUGCUACUGCUGUCUCUUUUCUUGCUCUUACAUACCUCAUGUAUGCAUUCUAUGGCAACAUAUACAUUGACCAGGCCUUUCUCUAUCAUCUACGACGCUUGGAUCACCGCCAUAACUUCUCGAUCUACAACAUUACGCUCUAUUUCACGUCGUUUACGCGGAAUUCUGCCCUUUCCAACUCUUCCUGGCUCACUUUGGAGAAAUUGGCUUUUGUGCCCCAACUUUUCUUGAGCUUUAUAGUCACACCUCUUGCUCUUUGCUACAAGAAUGCAGAUGCGUCGAUUCUCGUCGGCUCAUGCUUCAUCCAGACGUUUAUUUUCAUUGCAUUCAACAAAGUGAUCACCUCUCAGUAUUUCAUCUGGUUUUUGUGUCUUCUCCCCGUUUACAUAUCGGGAACGACUAUUUCACCAUGCAGAGGUGCUAUUCUUGUUGCAGGCUGGAUUAUCACGCAGGCAUUGUGGCUUUGGUACGGAUAUCGGCUCGAGUUUCAAGGUGAGUUUGGUAUUUUUCAUUAUGGACUAUGGACUUCAAGCUGCUUUUUCUUCAUUUGGAACUGUGUCAUGGCUCACGAUCUGAUAGCCGAUGUCCGGAAACAGAGCAUGCAGUUGGUCCAGAAGAAGCAGAAGUAG